CACUCUGCAGAAAAUAUCCGCGCUUGCAGACCCGGCCUCCCAGGAGAGGCGGCCCUCCUCGGCCCUAGCUAUGGCUCAGGAGACUGAAAACUAUGAUCCCAUCGGAACCAUCUUAAUCCAGGUCCAUGAAGAUCUUCAUCAAUUAAGGGAGAAGUUAACAAACUUCCCACUUGAGGAAAGAGGAGAGACACUAGACAUUCAGAAUCUUGAAACAGCAAUCAAAAGGACUGAAACGGGGCUAAGAAUUCACAUUGAGAAGUAUUUAAAUGUUGUAAAUCAUCAUGUGUUAACGACUCCUAUUAAUGAUGGCCAGUUAUAUUCUCCUCACUGUUCCAAAUGGUUGCUCCCAGCUGUCCUUGAUCAGAAGUCAUAUAUUUUCCCUCUGGAAUCUCAGUGUAAACUUUGGCAACCCCAGCACAGUACAUUUCCACAUGCCCUUCCAAGAAUAAAGCAAAAGAUAGGGUUGGAUGUAAAAAUCAUGCAGGAUCCUGAAAACAUCCGCCACAGAGCUGCUGUAAAUGCGAACUAUGGAAUCAGUUUGCCAUAUAUUAAUCAGAGAAAAGCAUGUUAGGGCCUUAUAAGUAUGGGAAGACAAGAAGUGUUCUCUGAUACUAUUGAUAACCUACUCACUGACGUUUAGUUUCAGUUAGACUUUCUAAUGAAACACAUUAAAAGAGCUACAGAAAACUUGACUUUGAUUUAUAUUCUUUUAAAUAAAAAGGGUUUCUUAAAAGGCUUGCAACAUGUUAUCUGUUAACAUGAAUUUUAAAAGAACGAUUAUGAAUGCAUAACAAAAUAGCCAAACAAAACAUUGCUUUGAAUUGCUGCACAAAUAACUCUGAUUAUAACUGUUAUGACCUAGAAAAGAAUCAUAAAAACAUUUUUCUUUUUGGCAAGAUAUGAGUUGCUGUAGAAUUAUACUAGUUCUUUGGUCCCACUUUCCAAAUAAAUAAAUAUAUAAUGCAAUGUAAA